UGCUAGUCAAUAAUUUCAGAUUACACGGUUACACCUAUAUAAUGUUUUUGUGGCUUCUAGCCGGAUUUUUUCUUCUUUUGUGGAUUUAUUUAAGAAGAAACUAUGGAAAACUUGAAAAGUGUGGUAUGCCUGUUAUACCUCCUUUCCUGUGUUUUGGGAGUGGACCAUGGGCAAUGCAUAAAUAUCAACUAGCAGAGUUGGACAAGGAGAGAGUUGCCAAGUAUGGAAAAGUGUUUGGAGCAUAUAUUUUAAGCCAGCCUAUGGUGUAUUUAGCAGACGCUGAUCUUAUCAAGCAAAUUACUACAAAGGAUUUUGAAAGCUUUCAUGGGCAUCUUUUCAAAUUUGGAGACCAAAAGUUUCGAACCCUGGAUAUGGCAGAUGGGGAGGAAUGGAAAGAAUUGAGAAAAGGUAUGUCACCCAUCUUCACAUCUGGAAAGAUUAAAGGCAUGUUGCAGUAUGUGAACUGUACAUUGGAUAACAUGAUGGAGCACCUGGAGAAGAGAGUUAAAGAAGACCCUGUAAUAGACCUGAAACCUGUGUUCCAAAAGAUGACCAUGGAUGUGAUUGGAAAAUGUGCAUUUGGAAUUGAAAUCAACUGUUUCGAAGGAAACACUGAUCUGCUGCGGCUAGGAAAUGGAGUCUUUGAUGGAUUCAAAGUCAAAAAUGUGAUGGAUGCUUUCUUCAUGAAUAUCUUUUUGGGAUUAUCCGGCAUAGAAAACUAUCUAGAUAUGGUUCCUCCAGAAAUGAAAGAAUUGUAUAAAAUAUUCAAAAAUAUUGAGACUGAGAGAAAAGUACCGAAUGGGGAUUUUAUUGAUAAAAUGGCAGAGAUGAAAAAGCAAGUUCAGAAUGGGGAAUUAAAACAUCUAAGUGAAGAUCAAAUAACAAGUCAAUCCAUAAUUUUUCUUAUUGCUGGAUAUGAAACUAUAGCAAGUACUCUUGGAGCGUUGUGCUAUCAACUCGUGAAAAACACUGAGGUUCUUGAUAAGCUGGUUGCUGAGAUUGAUGAAGUUCUGGAGAAGUUUAAUGGAAAGCUGGAUCAUGAAACUGUUGCUGAGAUGCCAUACCUGGAGGCCUGUAUUAAGGAAACACUCAGGUUUUUUCCUCCAGUAUCAAGAAAUGACAGACUUUGCAACAAAGACUUUGAAUACAAGGGUAUAAAAAUACCAAAGGGUAUAGGCAUUGUACACCUUGACCCUGAGUACUGGCCUGAACCCUACAUGUUUAAACCAGAACGGUUUCUCAAAGAGAACGCUGGUAGCAUAGUUCCUUGUUCAUGGCUGCCCUUUGGGGCUGGUCCCAGAACAUGUAUUGGAGAGAGAUUUGCUAUGAUUGAGAUGAAAAUGGGAACUGUUCGACUUCUUUCCAAAUAUAUGAUAGAAAUAGACUCUAAAACCAGGUAUCACGUUGACAAAGGAGAGGUUUUCAUGGCUCUCUACACUGACAUGUUCCUCAAAUUAACAGAACGUUGAUUUCCUCAUAAAUGGAACUUUGAUUUUAAACAUGAUUUGUUCUUCACAAUUAGUUUUAAAAUCAAAAUUAUUCAUGACUUCUAUAUGGUUAGUCACAAAGUCCGAGACUUCUGAUCAUUCAGAGACACCUGUACAACAUGUUUUAAGUCGGGAUUAAAUGAUAAACCCUUUGAUUACGCACUUGGGUUUUUCAUUGAAUCCCUCAAGGGAUUAAAUUUCCAUUGGUUCUAAUUUGUGUGAGAGUAAAAAAUACAUUUCUUUGCCAACUUAUAAAAUUGUUAUUAAUAAACUUUAAUAAAGGCUAAAAACCAA